GCGGCCCUCGAGCCGGAAGCGGAGUUAGCGGGAGGCUUUGCGUGUGGUGACUCGGGAUGGUGGCCUUCGAGGGCCACUUUUAGUUUAGGCUUUGUGCGUUUAGCUUAGAAAUACACUUACAACAACGCUGUGGUUUUGGAAAUGCGUAAAACGUGCACCAGACAAGAUCAAAGCUACAGGAAAUGGACAGUGAGGUACAGCGAGACGGAAGGAUCUUAGAUUUGAUUGAUGACGCUUGGCGGGAAGACAAGCUGCCGUACGAGGAUGUCGCGAUUCCACUGAGCGAGCUUCCCGAGCCUGAGCAAGACAAUGGUGGCACCACGGAGUCUGUGAAAGAACAGGAGAUGAAGUGGACGGACCUGGCCUUACAGUGCCUCCAUGAGAACGUCCCGCCCACUGGAAACUGAUGCUGGCCUCCUUUCCCAUGGACGGAGUUUACAAAAAAAAAUAUGUAGAUAAAACAUGUUUCCUCUCUGUCUCCGAAUUCAGAUCUUUAGUAAUAAAUCAACACUCAAAAACAUAA